GAACCGACCUUGAGCAAGCUUUGCAGACUGGCCCUGUAUUUUUUUAAACGGGGAAGAUCGGCGGCCUUAUCGGUUCGCUUAUAGUUAUCUAUACCCGUCCAAAAGAGCUUAGGAUAUAGGCCAAUUUUCGAGUCAUGGCAGAAACCUUGAAGUUGCCGCAGCAGCUGGUCAAUGAAGGGGGAGGAUAUGAUAGCGGCAGUAAUGAUUCCGACUUCGCGGUCUUGGACCCGCACAGCGGCGUCAAGCGCGGGCUCAAGACACGGCAUAUUAGCAUGCUGGCCAUUGCCGGCAUCAUCGGACCGGGACUGCUAGUCGGCGCGGGCGGAGCGCUUUCCAAUGGCGGCCCGGCGGCACUCAUCAUCGGGUUCGGCGUCAUCGGUGUCAUUGCAUUCAGCAUCAUGCAGUCGCUUGGGGAGCUGACGACCCUGUAUCCCACCGCCGGAGCGUUUGUCUCGCUCGCGGAUCGAUUUGUGGACAAGGCAUUUGCUGUUGCGGUUGGCUUCAAUUACUGGUUGAUUUGGGCGAGUGUGUUGGCGAAUGAGUACAAUGUCAUCUGUAGUGUUCUAGUCUAUUGGGGACCGCAAGUGCCGUUAUGGGGAUACUUCCUCAUUUUUUGGGUCUUCUUCCUCGGCUUCCAACUUCUCGGUGUCGAAAGCUUCGGCGAAGCGGAGUUCUGGCUCGCGCUCUUCAAACUGGUCGGCCUCGCCGCUUUCUUCUUGUUCUCCAUUAUCUACGUCGGCGGUGGAAUCAAAGGGACCGAGGCCAUCGGAGCGCGAUACUGGCACGAUCCGGGCGCCUUUUCCAACGGCUUCCGCGGCGUCGCCACCGUCUUCGUCUUCACCAGUACGUUCUACGCCGGCGUCGAGUCUCUCUCCGUCGCCGCGACUGAAACCCGCAACCCCGGCAUCGCCAUCCCCCGCGCGAUCAAGCAGGUGUUCUGGCGCAUCAUCUUCGUGUACAUGGGCUCCGCUAUCUUCUUCGGGCUGACCUGCCCCUCCGAUGCCGAUGGUCUGGUGAACGGAAAGUCGCGCGCGCUGCGAUCGCCGAUGACCGUCGCGAUUCAGAACGCCGGCUGGGAGGGCGGCGUGCACCUGGUCAACAGUUUUAUCUUCAUCACCUGCCUGUCCGCGGUGAACGGAUCCAUUUACAUCGCCUCGCGGACGCUGCUGUUCAUGGGACAGGAAGGCAAGGCGCCCAAGUUCCUCGGCAUGACGAACAAGCGCGGCGUGCCUGUGGCGGCAAUCGUCGUGACGAAUCUGUUCGGCGCGAUCUCCAUGAUGAAUGUCAGCACGGGAGCAGGCAAGGCAUACGGGUACAUCGUCAACUUGUCCGGCGUGUCGACGUUCCUGGUCUGGGGUUCGAUCUCUUUCAUCCACAUCCGCUUCCGUCAAGCAUGGGCCGCUCAGGGACGGACGCCAGAACAGCUUCCGUACAGGUCUCUCUGGUAUCCAUGGAAUGCCUACUUUGGCCUCUUUGCCAACAUCUUCCUCGCUCUUAUCCAGGGAUGGACGACCUUGACACCGUUCGACGCCGGCAAUUUUGUCGACGCAUACAUUCUUCUGCCGCUAUUCCCGCUGAUCUGGAUUUCCUUUAAGCUGAUCUAUAAGACUCGCUUCUGGCGCUCGCAUGAGGUUGAUUUGGAUUCCGGGAGGAGGAAGGAUCUUGAUACAAAGGAUAUAAGACCUGAGACGGCAAAGCCGGAUGUCGGAGGGCCAUGGUGGCGGAAUCUGCUGAAGAACUUGUAAUGUUAAAUAUCAGUAAACUAAUGCAUCCAAGAGAAGUACGCUCUAACUCGACUUCAAUUGUCUUUCAUUCUAUGCAUAUCAUGUG